GUAGGCUUGCCGACGGACACGCCUUACCAGGAGAUCAGGGCUCGUUGAAUAUCGACGAAGAAGAACAGGCGGAACAAGGAGAAGGGAAUCCUCAACAGCAGGGAGGCAGUGGAAACCUCGGCUCGCCGUCGGUCGCGUCGCUACCAGCCACUACAGGACGAACAAGCCCAAGCCGAUACCCG